AUGGCUUUCAAAUUAUUUGAUUAUUCCUUAAUUAGAAGUACUAAAUCUAAAUAUUGUAUUUCUGUUAGUAACUCAGUUACCAUAGAAAAGAGUUAUGCUUUAGACUGCGUCUUAGAUGGAGAUGGUAUUUACGAGAAAGGAUGCGUAUCGUUUAUAAAGUGUGUCAACGGCACAGCAUAUAACAUAGAAUGUCAUAAUGGUCAGGUUUUUAAUUCUAUAACACAAGAUUGUGAUGAUCCAAAGGUUGUGCCUAAACCUUGUGGGAAUAUAAUGGAUUGUACUCUCAAAGACGACGGUCACUACCCAGAUCUUGAUAUGGGGUGUCACUCAUACUAUACAUGUAACAGUGGUACUUUCCUCGGUCACAACUAUUGUCCGGCAGGUUUGAUAUUCAGCCCAGAAAACGGUGUUUGCGAUUGGCAGCAUAAUGUUUAUUUUCCCUGUGGGUUAAAGCCGCAUCCACCUACCACAGCAAAGCAAGACUCAGCGACCGAUGUUGUAUAGAAUACCGACAAACAGUGACAAUGAAAAGUUCUGUAAUUGGUUGAAAUAAAGAAUUAAAAUUUAAACACCCCUA